CAGGUAUAAAGUCGGCAACUCACUGCGCAUAGAAGAGUUUCACACAGUUAUGGAGCAAACUAAGGACACCACCGUGGGCGUUGCGCACGUCUUUAGAGGAGCAUUUGUGCACUCAACCCUCGAAGCUCCUCUUGAAAUACUGGAUGAUACUGUUUUAGGAGUGGACAAGAAGGGAAAGAUUGCAUUCAUUGAAAAGGGUAGAGAUGUGAAAAGCCUUUCAGCCAAAUGGGAAUUUCUACUCUCAGAUGUCAGACAACUGGAGCCACAUGAGUUCAUCAUGCCAGGACUGGUGGAUUCCCACAUCCAUGCAUCACAGUACAGCUACUCAGGCACCGCUCUGGACCUGCCACUUCUGCAGUGGCUCAAUACGUACACAUUCCCUGUGGAGUCCCAGUUUAAAGACCUGAAGUUCGCAGACAAAGUCUACAACAAAGUUGUGAGAAGAACUCUCAGAAAUGGUACCACAACAGCCUGCUACUUUGCCACCAUACACACAGAUGCAUCUCUGCUGCUUGGGGAAAUUGCAGAUAAACUUGGGCAGAGGGCACUGGUUGGCAAGGUGUGUAUGGACUGUAACGAUGCCGUUGCACAUUACAAGGAGACAACAGAGGACUCCAGUAAGGAGACCAAACGUUUCAUCCAAGAGCUCAUGGAAAAGAAGUAUCCCCAUGUUAGACCUGUUGUGACCCCUCGCUUUGCCAUAUCCUGCACUUCUGCUCUUCUUCAUGAGUUGGGGGACAUCGCUAAGAACAACAACCUCCACAUCCAGAGCCACAUCAGCGAGAACAAGGAGGAGUGUCAAGUGGUGCAGAAUCUGUUCAAGGAUUUGGAGACCUACACGGAUGUUUACCGAGAGCACAACCUUCUCACUGACAAGACUGUGAUGGCUCAUGGCUGCUACCUGACCAAUCGAGAGCUUGAUGAUUUCCAUAAGGCUGGAGCCUCCAUCUCCCACUGUCCCAACAGCAACAUCUCCCUCUGCAGUGGCAUGCUGGAUGUCCGCAAUGCUCUUAACCAUCAAGUAAAAGUCGGACUGGGCACAGAUGUGGGCGGGGGCUACUCACCCUCCAUUCUUGAUGCUAUGCGGCGAGCGCUGAUGACCUCCAAGGCCCUCAAAAUCCAAGAUCCCAACCACCAGACCUUGACCUUCGAGGAGGUCUUCAGGCUGGCCACGCUAGGAGGAAGCCAAGCCCUGUCUCUGGACUCUGAGACGGGGAACUUUGAGGUGGGGAAGGACUUUGAUGCCCUGGUGGUGAAUGUAUGUGUGCCUGACGGGCCAAUGGAUAUCUGUGGCCCAGAGCCCACUAAGGUCCUUCUGGAGAAGUUCCUGAAUUUAGGUGACGAUCGCAACAUUUGCGAAGUGUAUGUGGCUGGCAGGAGGGUUGUUCCAUUUGCAGACAAAGCUUCAUAAUGAUGGAGCUGCAGUCUGGCAUCCAUCGGCAAUGGCCAAAUGAGAAACUAUUUCAACAUAUCCUGUUACAUCAAACAGGAAUUUAAUUUCAUGAGAAAUUACAGGAAAAUGAGGAAAUAUUUUGAGCGAUGCCAGUAAAGAUCUUGUAACACUCCAAGUGGUGACUAUAAAGCUCUUAUACUUUGAGUGGUAAAAGUGAUGCUUACAUAGUUUUCAUGAACGUUAUAUCAACUUGAAGUAAUAGAGUUCAUAGUAAAGAAACAUUACCUACCGCUGCUAACAGUUUUGAUGUGAAGGGAAGCAUACAGUAAUUUCCUGUGUUUUAGCCGCAUUGUAAACCACAGGACAGUGCUUUAUGCAUUUUUUUUUUUUUAUUAACUACACCAUAUAUAUACAAAAUUAAUAUAUUAAUAUAUUGCAAAAACAAUGUGUAAACCUCCGCUAAUAAUUGGGAAAUUUGAGAAAGUAGAUUGAAAGUAAUACGUUUGGAAAUAGCUGGGAAAGUACGGAACUGCAAAAUCUGAAUAGAGAGCUGAGCACUCUCCAGUUCCCUUUAUAAAUCAGGUUGAUGCUCACCCUUUAUCUUUUGUAUACUCAGGUUGAUUUAAAAUGAUCAUGAAUGAUUUUAUGCAGAUAUGGUGCAUAUGUUAUAACAUGUUACAUUUUCAGAAAUUGUGCUUUUUGUGUUAUUGUUGCUUUAAGUCUUGUACGUGGCAGUUAUUUUUUAAAAUGUGUUUCAUUUGCUCGUGUGCAAUAUUUUAAUUAAUUGCUUUAUACAUUAUAGUUUUAAACAACAUUUUUUAUUUGAUAUGACUGAAAAUGCUAAAUGGAAAACCAAAUAUUCUAAUUCUUCUGUUACCUUAAAGCUGUUUUACACUGUCAGUGUUGGGACAAUGCACCAGUACCUUUCAAUUAAACCAAAGUGUAAACUCA